AUGACCGACGAGCAAAACAGGAAGCUAUUGUGGGAGAAGCUUGCUAAAGGCGAGACAGACCAUAAUAAUAUCGAGCGAUUAAUCAACCUCAUCGAGCGCAACUACAUCUCCACUGACACUGGGCUGCGGCCCAUGGAGUUUGCCUACAAGGCGCAGUACUUCACCAUCGACGUUAUGACGGAGUUUAAGAGCAUUGCAGCCUCGCCUCCCUCGCCCAAAUGGCUCACAUGA